UUUUAUGUUCUUAGUUUAGUAUAAAAGUUGGCUAUACUGUAACAAGAACGAGUUGAAGCGAGCCAAUUUCGUUGGUGACGCCAGGAUGAAGGUGUUGUUAGCCGUACUCUUAAUCCUUGUGGUGGCAGCAGUCACAACAGAAGGCCGUCGGAAAAAGCACCAUCACAAGAAACAUCCAUGGGGUCCUUGGCGUUAUGGGGGUCGAUUUGGCGGAUAUGGAGGCUACAUGAGUGGAUAUGGUUACGGGGGAUAUGACGGUGGAUAUGGCAACGGCUUUGGUGGUGGAUAUGAUGGUGAUGGGGGAUAUGGGGGUAUUGGCGGCGGAUACGGUGGAUAUGGAGGUUUUAGCGGCGGAUAUGGCGGUUUUGGCGGCGGAUAUGGAGGUUUUGGCGGCGGAUAUGGCGGAUAUGGAGGUUUUGGCGGCGGAUAUGGAGGUUUUGGCGGUGGUGGUGGGGGAUACGGAGGUGUUAGCGGUGGUUCCGGUGGAUAUGGAGGUAUUGGCGGCGGACACGGGGGCUGGACCGGCGGUUUUCACUGGCGAUAUGACAGGUGUAAAUGUAUGAGGAAAUGCCCGAAAAACAAGUUUUACAUAGGAAAGUGUAAGCUUUGCAAGAGAUGUAAACUUGUGAUUUGUUGCACAUGGAGACGCCGUAAAUGGGGUAGCGGAUGAGUUCAGUGAUUAAACUGCCAUAUCAUCUUCAUAGACCAGAACGACACCGGACAAAGAGAUUGCCUGAUAUUUGUAAAUAGAUUUAUAUUGAAGCUAUCAAUAUUAACAAUAUUAAAGCUUACUCAACUGCAA